AUGCAGUUCUCCACCUUCACUUGGUUCCUCACCGCCACGCUGGCCGGACAUGCCCUUGCAAUGCCACGCGGCGGUGGUGGUGGCAGCAAUGCUGCUGCGAACAACGACAACGCCAACGGCAAUGGCAACUCGAACGCCGCUGCUGCUUCAGGUGCCAGCACCGACGGGCAGACCUGUGAGGGUGGUACCGGCAACAUUCUCGACACUGGAGUCUGCAAGAACGGGAAGUGCAACAUUGAGAUCCCUCCCAACGAGGUGAGCAUAGUCGCCAGAGCGGACUGCGAGUGA